CGACAUCGAAAAAAGAGAUAUGUCAUUCAACAAUGGCGCGUAGACGACGAACAAACUGGAAGCUAACGCGGGUCUGUCCUCUUCUGUUUCAUUGCUUCUUCUCAACACAACGUCUGUUUUUAAAAAUUACAACGUACUAGUAGUACCCAAGCGUCUUGUAACAGCUUCCACACACGUUCACGUUGAAAUUACAUUUUCGCCAUAAUAGUCGAAGAAAUACACCUGCAGGUUCAGUUUAAACGAAUGAGCCUUGGUCGUGUACGCUCAUCGGCUCCUAUUCUCCAUAUUUUUACACCUUUUGCUCAUGUUAUUUUUUCUUCAAUGGCCUUCAUAGCUUCCAGGUAGGCUGCACAAACAUCUUUACCUUCUGCAACAAGUGACAGCAGAAAUUAAACCUGCCUGGGAUUGCAUGAGCACAGGAGAAGACCUGAGGUCGACUACUCCCCCAUUGGACUUUGAGGAGGGGGGAGGAGAAAGAAGACAGGGCCCCUUCCAUAACUACCCGGAGUAUGGGGCAAAAAGUCCCAGGUGGCAUUAAAACAAUUGAUAUGCGGGAUCCAGCGUUCAGCCCCCUGAAGCUGGAGCUCCAGGCCUUGAGUCACACCAAGCCUUCUCGACUGGACCUGCUGCUGGACAUGCCACCAGCAAGCGUGGACGUUCAAGUCCAGCACUCGUGGAACAACGAUGACCGCUCGCUCAACAUCUUCGUCAAGGACGAUAACAAGCUGGUUUUUCACAGGCACCCUGUGGCGCAGAGCACAGACGCCAUCCGGGGACGUGUUGGUUAUACACGGGGACUGCAUGUGUGGGAAAUCAGCUGGGCGAUGCGUCAGAGGGGCACACACGCCGUGGUCGGUGUAGCAACAAGUGACGCUCCACUGCACUCCGUAGGUUACACAGCUCUAGUGGGAAGCGACAGUGAGUCCUGGGGUUGGGACCUGUGCAGGAGUAAACUCUACCAUGACAGCAAGAAUCACUCAGGAAAAGCAUACCCCUCCUUUCUCGAGCCAGAUGACACCUUCAUAAUACCGGACUCCCUAUUAGUAGUUUUGGACAUGGAUGAAGGGACUCUGGGUUACAUAGUGGAUGGCCAUUACCUGGGGGUGGCCUUCAGAGGACUAAAAGGCAGGAAGCUAUACCCAGUAGUAAGCGCUGUGUGGGGACACUGUGAAAUACGAAUCCGGUACAUAAACGGACUUGAUCCUGAACCUUUGUCUCUGAUGGACCUGUGUCGGCGCUCAGUGAGGGUGGCAUUAGGAAGAGAGCGUCUGUGUGAAAUCCAUCGGCUGCCACUGCCGGCAUUUCUCAAGAACUACCUGCUCUACCAAUGACAGCACGGUCGCAUUCAACAGCACACCCUUCCUUUUCUAUCACUUUCUUUCUCCCUUGUUCUUCUCUGGGAUCCUUCUUGGUUGAACUUGUUUGGCAACAUUUUGUUGAGCUUGUUAGACAGACCAAGGCUCACGGAUGAUUUAGCAAGUAAGUGUAUCUGAUCAGUGGCUGGACUCAUUUUUGAGUUUCUUAUCCUAUUUUAAUGACUCUUUGCAAUGGUAUUCUCUAACUUUAAAAUAUCAGGAAUCACUGAGCUCUAUGCACCUACUGAUGGAAAAUAUGCCCAGACAGUCACCAUAAGUCACUAGUGGUCAGUAUCUCUCCUGUUGACUACAGACAGCACUGUAUUGUUAGCCUUUUAAAAAUGUGAUUGCAUUUCCUGGUGAAUUACAUGUAGCUCAAAGUUGCAGUUUUACAGUGGCCACAAGAUGGCAGCAUUUGUUCAUUUACACUGCAAGGAGAGUGUCUAGUUUUAAAAAAAUGAUUCGUUUUAAAUAGAUAGUGAAACAGGACUGAGAUGAUGACCACUUCAGUGAGACUAAUGUAGCGUGACUUCCACCUUCUGCAGCAAUGUACGGUAUCGUCUGCUUAUACAAGGCAUCUGACAGGGAAAAACGUCAACAAGCUGAAAUCUUAGGAAAUGUCACUGUGAUUAUUUGUAGCAUGAAUCUGCAAGAAAUAGCUCCUGUUUUUUUUUUUUAAUCUCUUGACACUUGUGUUCUUUCUUAGUGCCGUUAUGACCCACAUUUUUCACAAGUCAGCACACAAUGUGGAAACCAGCUUGUUGAAAUUGUUUGAACGGAAUUGAUCGGUACAUAUCAGGGCACUGUUGAUGUUUCGCUCAAGGAGGAAAAUAGUUAUUGUGGCAACAAAAGUAUAUUUUAAGGCACCAUGAUCGUCAAGCAGAAAGACAAUCCACAAAAGUGCUGCUAGGAUUCAAUACAAGUUAAAUAUCACACUGCCGACAUUGUCAAAUGCCAUCGACAUUCGUAUCGAGUAUCGUAUCUGACCUGUUGAUUCUAGUAUUUUUAAAAUGUGCAACUGUGUGAUCCUCAGUCUGCACUCUGUGCCACACCUCUCUCUUCCUUUCUUACUGCUUGCCUUUUAUUUGGGUUUCUUGAUGUAGACUUGUUUGAAAGUAUCAAUUAAAGAUUAUUUCCAGUUA